CUUUUCGAUAGGGUUUUAGUUUUGGAUCAUCAUCAUCUUCUCCAUUCCUUGCUGAAACGAUGAUGAUAGUCAAGCCGCAGUGUGCUUCUCGCGUUCCUCCCAGUCUCCGUCGCUCUACAUCAUUUCUUCAGAGUGUGGCAAUACAUUCUUCGGAUGCGAAGAAGCUCCUGCCAGACGACGACGCGGAAACUGUUUACCGGAUGAUCAAUGCCUCAAAUCUGCAAGGAGAGUUGAAGGAAUCCUUGAGCUCCAGUGGAAUCCACUUGUCGAAGGACUUAAUCGAUAGGGUUUUGAAAAGAGUUAGGUUCAGUCACGGAAACCCUCUUCAAGCCCUGGAGUUGUACAGGCACGCUGGUGCUCGACGAGGCUUUUACCACUCCUCCUUUUCUCUCGACACGAUGCUCUAUAUCCUCGGUAGAAGUCGGAAGUUCGAUCAACUCUGGGAUGUUUUGUUUGAAGCUAAGCGAAAGGAUCCGUCUUUGAUUACGCCUAGGACGAUGCAAGUGGUUUUAGGCAGAGUGGCUAAGCUGUGCUCCCUCAGACAAACCGUUGAGUCUUUCUGGAAGUUCAAGAGAUUGGUUCCUGAUUUCUUCGACACUAGUGCUUGUUUCAAUGCUCUCUUGAGAACUCUUUGCCAAGAGAAGACUAUGACUGAUGCUAGGAAUGUGUAUCACUCUUUGAAGCAUCAGUUUCAGCCUGACUUGCACACUUUUAACAUACUUUUGUCUGGCUGGAGAUCAUCUGAAGAAGCUGAAGCUUUCUUCCAGGAAAUGACCAAAGAAAAGGGGCUCAAACCUGAUGUGGUUACCUACAACUCCUUGAUUGAUGUGUAUUGCAAGGACAGGGCCAUGGAUAAUGCUUACAAGCUGAUUGAUCAGAUGCGGGAGGAGGAUGUAACUCCCGAUGUUAUAACUUACACUACCAUUAUUGGCGGUUUGGGGUUAAUCGGCCAGCCUGAUAAAGCUAGAGAGGUUUUGAAGGAAAUGAAGGAGUAUGGGUGUUAUCCUGACGUUCCUGCUUACAACGCUGCUAUAAGAAACUAUUGCAUAGCCACGAGGCUCGGGGAUGCAGAUAAGUUGGUGGAUGAGAUGGUGAAGAAAGGUCUGUCCCCCAACGCCACUACUUAUAAUCUCUUCUUCCGUGUUCUUUCUUUAUCGAAUGAUUUGGGACGUUCUUGGGAGCUGUAUGUGAGAAUGCUGGGGAAUGGGUGUUUGCCAAAUACUCAGUCUUGUAUGUUCUUGAUUAAGAUGUUUAAGAGACACGAGAAAGUGGAUAUGGCGUUGCGGUUGUGGGAAGAUAUGGUGGGAAAAGGUUUCGGUUCUUAUAGUUUGGUUUCGGAUGUGCUUUUGGAUUUGCUCUGUGAUUUGGCUAAGGUAGACGAAGCUGAGAAAUGUUUGCUUGAGAUGGUUGAGAAGGGACAUAGACCGAGUAAUGUCUCUUUUAAAAGGAUCAAGUUGUUGAUGGAGCUAGCAAAUAAGCACGAAGAGGUUAGUAAUUUGAAACAGAAGAUGGCUGUUUUCAGUACAGAGAUUCAGUGAUGAAAAAUCAGGACAUUCUUCCAGUGUUUUCCAAGAGCCAGUUGAGUCCUUCAUGUAUAAUGCCAUUGUACUUGGCCGAGUCUUUUUUGUUCAAGUCUAUCAGAUGAAGUCGAGGAACCAUUGUUAGAGUUUAGGAGUUUUGCAGAGGUAGGUGCGGAAGAAGAAGAUGACAAUCAUAACAUUUUCCGAGAAGAAGAAGAUGGAUGAGGCAUAGAUGAAAAAGUUGCAGACGUUUGGAUUCUGCUGAAACAGGCAGCGGAUUGGUGGUUAAAACUGUACCAGACGCUAUUGAUGGCAUCUUUUUGCUCUUAUAGAGAGAGAGAAUUUUCGAACUAAUCAAAUGGUAAACAUAGAUUUUAUGUAGUUUUGCUUUGCCAAAGAGAACAGACUCUUCAGGACCAAUCUCACUGUCUCCUGGUUUUUUUUCCCCUGGUUUCUUCUUUUAAAUACUACUACACUUCACACAAAGUUUGUUGGCGUGUUUAGACAAAUCAGCUAAAUUGAAAAGAAAAGAGAGAAAAACUCUGUUUGCGUGA